AAACAAUGGAUGGAUGGAAUCAAGAGUCACUUGUCCUCUGGAAAGCAAUGCCCCUGGCCUGCCACAAAGAAAGAACAAAUCUAUGAGAAUCUUGAUGAGCUCUUCUUCUUUGUGGUGAGCAACUGGCAGGACUGCAAGGAGGAAGAGGACAAACAGGCCGUUCUCGGGGCUAUGGCUUCCAUGAUGACUGUCCUCCUGCAAGAAGAGCUGCACCGAGAGCAUGUCUGGGAGCAGCUCCUCUGGCUCGUGCACCCAUGUCAGGAGAUCCAAGACACCUGCAGGGUGGCCAAGAGCCUUCAUAUGUUCCUGGAGGCCUUAGAGGGAGUUGAAUCUGUCAUCCCCAAGGACAAGUUUCUGGCCAUCACCAGUGCCGUGUUCUAUCAGCUCUCUGAUGAUGCCAAGCAGCACAGCGAGGCUGAUAAUGCAGAGCUGACCCGCUGCAUCAUGCUGCAGGCCCGAAUCUGCCCAGAGGAAACGGUCCUGUUUCUGCAGUCACAGCUGGGCGGUGAGAGGGAGGCUGGAUGCGUGGCAGCCCUGGGACUCCUCGGUGCUCUGGCUCGCUCUGAUGAGCCCACAAUGACAGAGAAGCUGCCCCAGGUUGCAGAGGCUGUGCAGUGUGUAUGUAGUGACCUCAGGACCCGGGUGAGGAGGGCCGUACUGCACUUUACUGAGGAUCUGCUCAGCACUAAUGCCCGGAGCUGCUCAGCCUGGGAUGUAAUAGGGCACAUCUUCAGUGAGUUCAGCCGCACCACAGGAAGAAGGGCAGCCGGAGACCUUUCUGCCCAGGAAGCCAAGGAAGAGGGAGCACUCCAAGAGAUGUGCAUGGACAUCCUGGGGUCACUGGAUGUCUCUGAGAGAAGGAUCUCCAAACUCCUGUGGCCGCGGCUGCUGCUGUACGUGGUGCCAGCUGAGUACACCGGCAUGCUUAUCCCGGUCUCCUGUUGUGUCCAAGCCCUGGCUGAGAGAGGGGACCCGAUGGUGCGGGACAUGGAAGAAUUGGAUCCCCAUUUCCUCAGCUCCAUGUUUCAAGGCCCACUGCUGACUCCCCAGACACUGCUGGCACGUCUGCUGGUGGUGGCAGGGAGCCCUUUUGCAGGCAGUGAACUCCAAGCCGCUGCCUUGCUGCUCAUGCAAAACCUCCACAGCAGGAUCCACGGAGCUGUGGGGGCCAUGUGGGCUGCUGAGAUCCCCGUGCUGCUGCAGCGUCUCAAAGGGCAAGAUGAGAGCUUCCCAGACUCUGCAGAGUGGGAGCACCAUCUGCUAAAGUUCCUGAGGGCAUCGCUGGACAUCGUGGACGAUGAGGCCUGGACCAAGGCCCUGAGCUGCGAGCUGAGCCGGCAGCUGAGCAGCUGUCCCAGCAGCUCUGGAGAAAAGGUGAGUUUGCCCCAGCUCUACCUAGCAGUGCAGCUGCAGGUGCCCAACUGGAGCUGGGGCUGGGGCUGGUGCUCUGCCCACGUGGGCUGCUCACGCUGUUUCCACGGCCCAUGACUCCCAGAGGGCCUUUCCCUGCAAACUUCCUUGGGGCUGGCAACAACUCGGCCCCACGGCUGCUCUCAGUGACUCCUAGGGAGCAUGAGUCCUUCCCACCUGGCCUUCUUCCACAAAGUCAGGCUGCUACCACACCACAGCUUAUUCGUUCUC